AUGGCAGCAACAAAUGUAGGUGCAGGUGGUCCAAGCUAUCCAAUGGCUUCAUUAUAUGUUGGUGAUCUUCAUGCUGAUGUUACAGAGGCAAUGUUAUUUGAUAAAUUUGCAAGUGCUGGGCCUGUGCUUUCAAUUCGAGUGUGUCGUGAUAUGAUCACAAGACGAUCACUUGGUUAUGCUUACGUUAAUUUUCAACAACCAGCUGAUGCUGAACGUGCACUCGAUACAAUGAAUUUUGAUAUACUUCGUGGUCGUCCACUACGUAUAAUGUGGUCUCAACGUGAUCCAGCAUUACGUAAAUCCGGCGUUGGAAAUGUAUUCAUUAAAAAUUUAGAUAAAAAUAUUGAUAACAAAUCACUCUAUGAUACAUUCUCAGCAUUUGGAAAUAUUCUAUCGUGCAAAAUUAUGACUGAUGAGAAUGGACAAUCAAAAGGUUUUGGUUUUGUUCAUUUUGAAACUCAAGAAGCAGCCGAUAGUGCUAUUAAUAAAGUUAAUGGUAUGUUACUUGCUGAUAAAAAAGUAUUCGUCGGUCGAUUUUUGUCACGUAAUCAACGUGAGGAUGUUAGUGGACCACGUAAAUUUACAAAUAUUUUUAUAAAGAAUUUCGGUGAUCAAUUAGAUGAAGAAAAAUUUCGUGAAUUGUUUUCCAAAUAUGGCAAAAUUACAAGUUUGAAGCUUGUUAGUGAUGAUAGUGGUCAUUGCAAAGGUUUUGGCUUCUGCAGUUUCGAUACUCCUGACGAAGCCGAACAAGCUGUUCAAAAUUUAAAUGGUUUUACUGUAGGUGAUAAACAAAUAUAUGUCGGUCGUUUUCAAAAGAAAAAUGAGCGACUAUCAGAAAUCAAACGCAAAAAAGACUUACAACGUCAAGAACGCAUGAAUAAAUAUCAAGGAGUCAAUUUAUAUAUUAAAAAUCUUGAUGAUACAAUUGAUGACGAAAGAUUAAGAAAAGAAUUUGCAAAAUUUGGUAGCAUAACAAGUGCUAAAAUCAUGUCUGAAAAUGGUCGUUCCAAAGGAUUCGGUUUCGUAUGUUUCAGUGCACCUGAUGAAGCAACUAAAGCGGUUACAGAAAUGAAUGGUUCAAUUGUUGGAUCGAAACCACUUUAUGUUGCUUUAGCUCAACGUAAAGAAGAACGCCGUAUGCACUUAGCUAAUCAACAUAUGCAACGUAUUACCACAUCACGUGUACCUCCGCCGAUGCAACUACCAUUCCCAAAUAAUAUGCCUGGUAUGAUGUCUUAUUUACCAACACCGAUGGGUCCAUCACAACCACGUAACUUCUAUCCACCAACAGCAAUGCCCGGCUAUCGCCCAACACCACGUUGGACAGGGGCUGGCGGAGGUGGUGGCAUGAGACCACAACAAGGUGCACAAAUGAUUGCUGGCAUGCAACUACCACAAUCUAUGGCUGCAGCACAACAUCGAUCAGGUGCAAUGGCAAAUCUUGCAAAUCGAUCAGGUAUGCAGAUGACGGCACGACCAAUGCCAACAUCAGGUCAAAUGAUGGCUGGUGGCGCUAUUCGAGCUCAAACCGGUAUGCCACAACAAAAUACAGCAUAUACACGAGCAGCACGAAAUUUACCACAAAGUAAUGCAGGUGGUUUCGGUAAUUCAAUAGUUGUUGCUGGUCAAGAACCACUAACACCUGCUGGUCUUGCUAAUGCAACACCACAAGAACAAAAACAAAUGUUAGGCGAACGAUUAUUUCCUUUAAUUCAACAAAUGCAUCCAGAUUUAGCCGGUAAAAUAACUGGUAUGCUUCUCGAAAUUGAUAAUACAGAACUCCUGCAUAUGCUUGAAUCACGUGAAUCACUCAAAGCUAAGGUUGAAGAAGCUAUUGCUGUACUUCAAGCUCAUCAAGCCAAGCAAACCUUUCCGGUAUGGAAAGAUAGUAGUGAUAACAGUGCAUUCGGUUCAUGGGCUGCUUACUUGAAUGAAGCAGCGAACGAAGGUUACAAUGUAAUAUUGUCGAGUCCUUGGUACAUCAAUUACAUUAGUUAUGGAAAGUACAAUACAAAUACGUCGGUGAUGAAUUUAGAGUUUUUCAAAUACUAUGAGGUUGAACCACUGCGUGGCUUCACAGGUUCGGAUGAAGCGAAGAAACGAAUUCUUGGUGGAGAAGCUUGUUUAUGGGCUGAAUUCGUCGAUGGUACAAAUCUGUUAGCACGUUUGUGGCCUAAAGCAUCUGCUGUAGCCGAGCGACUGUGGAGUGCUGCAAGUGUGAAUAAUUCUGAAGAUGCUCAAUUUCGAUUGGACGUUCAUCGAUGUCGUCUUUUAAGACGAGGAAUUCCUGCUCAACCAAUUUUGAAUGGUUAUUGUGGAAACUAUGAAGUAGGUAUGGCAAGAUCGAUGGUGAACGAUCCAGCUUUCAACUAUGAAGAUGGUUCUCCAACGGAGUCGACAACAAUCGACCCUUCAGCAUUUGCAUUGAGAAUUGGGAAUUCUAAAAUCUAUUACGUACUCUAUAUAAUUUCAUUUAUAUUCUUUGUAUUGGGGUUGUGA